AGAGACGUCGAAGGUUCUGUCUCUCGAUCACCUUCACCAAUCACUGCCUCUAGUUUUAGAAAUGCUUUUCUUACUGGAAGACGAGACAGUCGUGGCCGUCGUCAAAGAAGUCUUCUCAACUCUGGUUUGUGGAUCUCAAUUGAGCUGAUUGUCAACGUGUGCCAAAUUUUGGCAGCUAUCAUUGUUAUAUCCUUGUCACAGAAUGAGCAUCCACGCGUACCAUUAUUUGCUUGGGUUAUUGGUUAUGCAUUUGGUUGUGCUGCUACACUUCCACAUCUUUAUUGGCGCUAUAGCAACUUCAAUAGUCAAGGAUUUGACCAAACAUCAUCACAAUCACAGCCGUCUUCAUUCCAGAAUAUAUAUUCUGAAUCUCCUUCAAACACUGUAGUUUCUCUUACACAGAAUACGGAAGGAAGAGGAACCCCUGGUACUGCUGCAUUCUCAAGGCUGAAUGCUUUGGUUGAUCGUUUUAAAAUGGCAUUGAAUUGUUUCUUUGCCAUUUGGUUUGUUCUCGGUAAUGUAUGGAUUUUUGGUGGACACUCCUCUGCUGCAGGUGCGCCAAACUUGUACAGGUUAUGUAUAGCUUUUCUGGCAUUCAGUUGCAUUGGGUAUGCCAUGCCAUUUAUCCUGUGCGCAACAAUUUGCUGCUGUUUCCCUUGUAUAAUUUCUUUCUUGGGCUUUAGAGGGGACCUAACACAUACCAGAGGAGCUACAUUAGCAUCGAUUAAGGCUUUUCGUUCUUACAAAUUCAUUUCAAAAAGAAAUCUUAAUCAAGAAUUAAGUCAAAUCAUCUCUAAAUCGCAUGAUGGUGGGAUAUUGGCUGUUGGUACAGACAAGGAGCGGUUAAUUUCUUUUGAUGAUGCUGUGAGUUUUUUACUUAUCGGCUCAAAUAUCAUAUUGCAUCCUUCACCUCAAUGUUAA